AUGGCGCUCUUCUUCCUGCAAAUCCCUCAGAAAGAGCUUCCAUCUCUCCUCCAACCCUCGCACCUCCACUCCCCCCUCCUGCCACAACCACGGCUUCCCCACCCUCCCUUCCUCCUCUCAUCAACUCCCCAUACCGCCCCCCCACACCCUCCCAUCCCCCCUUCCUCCCUCCUCCAUCCCUCUCUCCAACCGUCACUCCCCCAUCCCUCCUCACUCCACCUCCCCUUUCUCCAACCAGUCACGUUCUUACCCUCCCAUCUGCCACCGUCCAAUCUUUUACCCUUCUCCACCCCUUCCUCCGUAUCUCCUUCUGCUCUCACCCCAUCCUCUUGCCUCGCUAUCACUUAUCCCAAAGAUGCUGCUGCUGCUGAUCCUGCUACUCCUGCUGCUGCUGCUGAUCCUGCUACUCCUGCUGCUGCUGCUGAUCCUGCUACUCCUGCUGCUGCUGAUCCUGCUAGUGCUGAUGCUGCAGCUGCUCCUGCAGCUGUGGGCUCUCAACGUUUGGCCAUCGUCCCCACAAACAACGCACACUUAGCUGUCAUUCCAAGAGCUGACCAACCCUUGGCUGUGAUUUCCGAAGCCAAUCAGCAGCUGGCUGUAAUUCCCCAAGCCAAUCAGCAGCUGGCUGUAAUUCCCCAAGCCAAUCAGCAGCUGGCUGUGAUUCCCGUUUUUCCAACGAGCCAGCAGCUCACGAUCAGCUCGCAAGCAGCGCAUGGGUUAGGGGCAGCUGUAGCACAGAAACUGGGUGCCACUGUAGAAAAGGAAACAGGGGCAGCUGUAGCACAGGAAUCAGAAGCUUAUAAGGGGGAUGGGCACGUGGGGCGGGCUUUAAGAGCUGCUGAGCUGGCGUGUGUGGUUGUGGGGGGUUGGCCGUGGGACUUGGAGGAUCUAGGCUUGGAAGGGGAAGGGGAGGAGGGGGGAGAGGGAGGAGUGGGAGGAGAGGGAGAGGAUGGGAGGCGGGAUGAAGAGGAGGAGGGUAGGUUUCGGGGAUUGGAGGGAUGGGGGGUUGGAGGUGAGGGGAAUGGAAUGAAGACUGGUGGCGAGCAGGAAGGGGAGAGAGCGGAGAGGGGGGUGCAAGAGGUUAGGGGGGCGAGAGGUGGGAGGAAGAAAGCGAAAGGGAAAGAUAGGAAGCAGAAGAAGGGCGAAGGAGGGGCGGAAGGAGGAAAUGCUUUACAUGUAGCGAGGUCGGAGCCUGAGCAAGCAGCAAGGCUCGGUGAUUCGAAGCAAGAGGCGAGACUCGGUGACCCAAAGCAAGGGGCAAGGGUUGGUGGUGCGAGGUUGGGCGAGGGGAGAAGGGAAGAAGGCAGUGUGGCUGUGCGGGCUGCAGCAGUGGCUGCAGAGGGAGAGGCAUCUGGGAGUGCAGAGCUGAGGAUAGAAGAGGAGGUGGCAAGGGAGGUGAGACGGGUGAGGAAGAAAAGGAGGCAGAGGGAGGGCAGUGGUCACGGGGCAACAGGCGAAAGGGUCGCGGCUGGGGAGGCAGCAAGGGCAGCAGCAGGGGCAGCAGAAGCAGUAGCAGCUGUAGCACAUGCUGUUUGUAGCGUGUGUGGGAGGGGUGGUUGUAGCUGCUUGAAUGAACGAGCACGACGAGACAACGGUGAAUCAGCAUCAGCAGCACCAUCAGCCCUUCCCCAAGCCGCCUGCUCUGCAACCAGCUGGAAGAGUCGUUGUUUUGGCCGACCGUUCGUGCUCGACCCGAACGCCAACUACCAAUCAGCAGCCGAGUUUUACUCCCGGGCAGCGGCUGCGUUCUCGGCCAAUCACGACGCGACAAGCAAGCAGGUGGUUAUGAGGAAACGCGGAUGGGCCUGCAACGAGCGCGGCCGGUGGCUUCUCAACUCCCCUUCCUCCUCCUCUCCCUCCUCCUCUUCCUCCUCUUCCUCUACCUCAUCUCCUCCUCCACCUCCCACACCCCCACACGCCACCAUAGCAGCAGCACGGGCAGCGCUGGUGGCGGCAGCAGAGGCAUUCUGGGAAGCGGGAGAUGCUCCCAAUGCUGCUCUUGUGCUCUGCAAUCUAGGCCAUGGGGAACGGGCAGAUGCUGAGGUGAUUGCUGCUCCUCUUCUCAUGCUCUCUGAGCAAGCAGGUGCUUCUGGCGUGGGCUUUAGUAAUGCUGCUUCUUCUGCUGCUGCUGCUGCUCCUGCUGCUGGGGCGCCUGUUGCUUUUGGUGCUGGGGAUGCCGCAACGAAUGUUAACGGCGGUGAAAGUGGUUCCGCUGGUGCUGGUGCUGGUGCUGGUACUGGUGCUGGUGCUGGUACUGGUGCUGGUGCUGGGUUCUCGGGCAAGUUUGAGAGAGCGAGGCAGCGGUAUAUGCGGGCGUUGGGGUGGUAUGGGGAUGCUCGCAGGGAGCUGAUGAGGAGUGUGGGGGAAAGUAAGGCCGAUGGUGCUGCUGAUGGGAGUACGGACGUAGCGGGAGGAGCAGGAGGAUCAGGGGGAGUAGGAGUAGGAGGAGGACGAGGUAAGGGUGGCGUGGGGGUUGAGAGUGAGUCAGCAGCAGCACGGGCAUAUGGGGUGGUGUGGAGCGAGGUGAACCUGCAAUUCGCCCACACUUACCUAAGAGUCGGCAUGCUUAUGGCCGCUGCGGAACGCCUGGGCCUCCCAAUGGUCCCUGCUGGGAACAGGAAAGAGAAUGCGGAUAGUUCCAGUUG